UUCCAGAUAGGAAAAGACAUAUUGUUGGAUUGGAUUGGAGAUAUUAUUGGUUACAAUAAGUGAAUUGACAACAGCAACUUUAGUGCUUUAUUUCCAAAAGUAGAUAACCAUUAAAGAAUACGAAGAGCGAGAAGUAACUUUUUAUGUUUGAAGAAAACGCAAAGACUCCUGUGUCUUGGGGCGACUAUAAGUGCGCAAACAGUGGUGGUACAUAUAACAAGUUGUUAGUAGAAAGCACAGUAGAGGGGUUUUCCCUUCGAUUGCUUCACCACGAAGUAGUUGCAGAAUGGCUUCUUUGUCGUCAAGAAACUGCAGUUCCAGCUACAGCCAUCGAUGAAGCUACGUGUUUCUUUGCAAAGUCACAAGGAAUCCUUUCAACCAACGCACUAGUUAUGUUACAACCAGUCGGUAUAGUGGACUCCAUUAUUCUGGGUUACUCUUUUAGUGAAACGCACGGUUUGAAUAGUUCUUCCAACGCAGUUCCAACUUGUAGACGUUUUGUUUUUGAUACUACUAAUUGGGAAUAUUUGGAGCUUUUUUGGUUUUCGAACGCUACGGUAACUGCGUCUUGGAUGAAGUUUUUUCCUGAUGGAAAGCGAACACGUUACUUUGUACUAUAUGAGGCACCUCCUGAGGGAAAGUUACCAUACAAGCUGUUACAUAGCUUUGAACUGAUAGGCUAUAGAACCUCCCUAUCUGAAGUUCAUCAGAAACUGAACGGUAUAGAAGAUAACCAGUGUACUUGUGGGAAAGGAGAUGACGUGGAAAGUUGUACCGAAUCCCCUUUAGGGAUACAAGAUAAUCUACCCGAGUUAUUUUAUGAUAAAACGUGGAAAAGGAACAAAGGAACAACAAGGAAAGGUUUUCAAUUGUUGCAACAACUGUAUAUUGGAGAGUAUAGAGGUAGUCAACGUUUUACGCAAUAUGAAGUGCGUACAGGCCAUAUUUUAGAAGAACAUGUCAACUCCUUUUAUAGUAGCAUUGAACUUUUAGAAAGAAAUUUAGUUCAACUUGAAAAGGUCAAGGAAAUGCAACGUCUAUGCUUUUUACCACGUGCAAAAGGUUCGGAGUUGAGUCACAGAUUGCAUGAGUUGAUGGUUGAAGCUGGUAUUUUAUUGGAAUACUUUGGACCUGAUCAUACUAUUAAUGAAGAAGCUAGACAGAAGAGAUGGGAACGGAGAUUGGCCAAACGAAAGAGAGGGAAACCAAAUAAUGACAGUGGAAGACUUGUUAGUUUAGUAGAAAAUAUCCCCACAAAGAUGAUGCAAGAAAGAAAGAGUUGCCAUAAGAAUUCUUGGGAUAGAGUUGUAUGGCAAAAGGAGUCCAACGCAUCUUAUUCACCUGAAUGGAAACGUAGAAUGACCCAGUGUAGUUCUCGUCCAUCCUCACCUGGAUUAUCGCAAUCUUCUUUUUCUACUCAGAAUGUUCAAAGAAAACGAAUGAGAGAUAGUGCCACCGUUGAUAAUAUGCAUCCUUAUAAACGAGAGAAUAUUGAACAUGUGGAUUCACAAGUUUCCAUUACAACAACAGAUAAUGUUACUUGGAUCUCCAACAAUGAUGUCUCUUGGAGACACAAUCAGACACUUUAUACGGAUUCCUUCGAUCCAAGUCAAGUGACAGAAGAACCUAGUGAACGUAAUAGAGUCAAUUUGAUGUUGGGUCGAUAUGGAUAUCCACCAUCUUCUUCUAUCCAAGGUGAUAUGAUUGGAUUCUCAGAUGAAAAGGAACGUAUUUGGAUGUUUUCUACUACGGAACCAGAAUGUCGAGAAGAAAGAAUGGCAUCGAAUACUUUUCAUUAUAGUGACAAACGAGAAAUGAGAGAUACUCACAAGUUGGCACAAUUCAAGUCUGGAGAAGAGGAAGAUUUUGUAGUUACUAAUGAUGAACUUUAUCGUUUGGGAGAAGAAUGGCCAAGUCCAUUUUUACAACCAACUCAAGUAGACCAAACCUUUUCUCAUUCAUCACCUUCUUUAGAACCUUUAUCUAAUAAUCCACUAUGGAAUGGCAGUUUUCAUUAUGAAUGGCCUGAAGAUAUGUUGUAUGCUUCUUCAGAGAGUAGCAGUGAUUGGUUUAUCAAGACACUAGCAUUGGAAGAUACUCAUGGUAUGAGAAGUUGGAAGGAAAUGGAUUCUGGAGUGGCACAAGUAGAAGAAAUAGAAAAGCAAAGUUGGCCAAGUGAAUGGAUAAGAGAAGAAGAAGAAGAAAUCUUAUUGAAUUGGACACUUCCUUAGUAUUUUGCUUUUCAUUAAAGAAUAACGAUUGAAUGUAUCUUGACUUUUUGAUGACUUUAUUAACUUUUCA